AUGGAGACAUCUCUUGAAAAACACGUGCAGGAGAAAGUUGAGACAGACAUCACCAGCGGCGAUCUCCAAGCCAUCCAAGACCUAUACCAGUCAACCGAUGCCGAAAAGCAACCCAGCUUACUAGCUCACAUCGCCGCCCGGGCGGCGGGAAAAUCUCAGCUCGAAAUAUUGGACUGGGUCUUCAGUGAGGGUUUUCAGGUCGCCGCAGGCUCCUUGAAUGAUGAGUUUUACCACCAAGCCUGCUACGCACAGUCCCUCGCCGUCUGGGAGACUCUGGUCAAGAACGGGUUCGAUCUGAACGGCCACCACAGCGAAGUCGUCGGCGAUGCGCUGAGCCUAGCAGCCUACUACGGCGAUGUGGAGAUUGUGCGCUUCCUGCUGGAGCACGGACAGGAUCCCAACGAGGCGUGGGGCGGGUACGAUGACCUGGAGCCCGCAGUGGCCGCUGCCGCGCACAUUGCCGCGGCGGAGCUGGGUAAUAUGGAGGCGCUGGAGUUGCUGGUGGAGCACGGGGCGGAUCUGGAGGAAGCCAGUGGGUGGUGGACGAACUGCGGGAUCGUGGAGGCGGAUCGAUGGGGCACGGCACUGUAUCGUGCGGCGUACAAGGGCCAGCGAGAGCCGGUGGUGUAUCUGCUGGGCAAGGGGGCAAAUGUUCAUUUCAAAGACGAGAUGGGGCGAUCGAUUCUGUGGGCUGCAAGACAGGGAGGGAAUGAGGAGCUGAUUGAGUUGGUGAAGUCAGCUGGUCUGAAGGACGAGUGA